UAAAUCAGACGGCAGCGCGGAUCUAGACUUCUCACGUGAGUCUCUUGGCAGGAGCCGGUUCAAGUUCGUCAUCGCCAUAUCUGUCCCAAAUCGAUAUUUCCAGUGUAUUGAGUCGUCAUCCCCCCACGCAUCACGGAAAACACUCCUAUGAGUCGUCGACUUGUAUAUAGAGUGAUAUGACUGCACCCCCAAUAUCCUUCACACUCACAGACAAACGAACUGCUCAUACGACUAUCGCUACUUACAACAUCCUCGCAUCGAUCAUGGACACGCGCUCCAAAGCACAUGCCGCCGCGAAUCGCGAGCCACUUAAUCUGAACCAGGGCAGUGGGCUUAACAAGCAGAACGUUGCGGGAAACGAGCGUUCGACGAACUUGCAAGGUGGAGGCGGACUGAAUAGCGGAGCGUCGGGAAUGCAUGGCGAUCUAUCAUCGACUGGAAUGCACGGCGCUGGCAACACGAUGCGCGGCCAGGAGCAAUACGACAACUCGGCGAUGGGGAUGAGCGCCGGGGCGGGAGACCAACAGUAUAACCCCAGUGCGACGUGGAGCCAGGAUGGGCCGGACAGUGACAAGGUCUCCACCGGGGACAAGAUCCAGGGCUCGUUGGAGAAGGCCGCUGGCAAGAUGACAGGUAACCCGGGACUGCAGGAACGUGGUCAGCAACGCAAGAUGGGCGAAUUCCGCGAGAAGCGUGAUAUCUAAGGGCUGUCCAACCGACGCGAACACCAAAUUGUACUUGUACAUCGAAGAAUCCCAGUUGUAUCAAACAUAUUAUUUUAAAAUUAAGUGUUACGCUGUGUCAUACAUGGCGUCAUCGUGUUAUGACGCUGAUUGCAGCUCGGGCCAGUACUUACAUCAUUGACUUCGAACUAGGCGACGACGAUGGACUCUCAAAGUGAUUCAACUGUUUCUAAUAUCUCGUCUAACCCGCAGUCGAGAAAUUCAACAAACGCUCAUGCAGCAGAGCAUGAGACCAAUACGAAAGCAACCAAGGUUCCGGGCUCGGAUACUAUGGGCACAGCCGCGGGGAAUACAGUCACGACUGCCGACAAGGUCUUGGGCACGGCUGAAGAAAUGGCUGGCCGACUGACGAACAACGAAAACAUGCAGGAACGGGGGCAGGAGCGUAAGGUGGGGGAAUUCGAUCCGCAGAACUUUUGAGGGCGAUUCUGUUUUGAGUAGGAUUUCGAUAGCAAGCAAAUUAAGGAAGAGUCCAUAAAUGGUAGGAUACGAGGAUGUACUGUACUGUAUGUCUCCUGAAAUUCGAAAUGUCCGUGAAAAACGUCGAUUCUGCCUCCCUCAACAUUGAAACCUGGCCACCGAUUGGAAGGUUAAGAGCAAACCAGGCUGAUUUGAUGAAGCCCGCGCUAGCGAAACAUUAUGCUUGGUCCUCAAAGCAACACAAGACCACCCAUCAGCAACCCGAGGCCUAGGACUCCCACGGACGAAGCCCCGUGCCGGCCAGAAACUGCACCGCCAGUGGAGCCCUGAGCAACUGCGCCCAGUUGCCCACCUGCACCCGAACUCGUUCCACCACCCGCAGCAUUCCCAGAUCCCGCAGUCGGAGACCCGCCCGUUGCCGGGCUCGCGUUCGCUGCACCAGCACUAGGCACACCGGCGGCGGCGGCAAUGGUCGUCUGCGGCACAGCAACAACUUUGGACUUGAAAGUCGCGUUGGGUGCAGAGGAAAGAGUGAUGAGAGGCGCAGCACUCGAAGAAGUUGUGACGGUCGGCGGGGAGAUCGAUGAUUCCGCGGUCGAAAUCGCGGUCGGUGCGGGAACAGUCGGUGCGGGAACACUCGCGGAUGAACUGGUCGUCAGAGCCUGUUCAGAUGUGCUCGUGGUUUGGGGAGGCGAUACAGUCUGGGUGGUGACUUGCGGUGCAGCUGUGCUCGUGCUCGCGCUCGUGCUCGCCGUGCUCGGCGGAGGAGGCGGGGGCAGUGUGCUCGUCGUCUGGGGCGGAGAGGUGCUCGUCGUCUUCGGUGGCUGCGAUGACGAAGUAGUGCUCGUCUGCGGGGGCGGUGACGAGGAUUGAGAAGGGGUCUUCGCUGGCGGCGGGGGAGGCGGUGCAGUCGUCUUGGGUGGGGGAGGCGGUGCCGCUGAGCUCGUGCUGCUCGUGGUCUUGGGUGGAGGCGCCUUGACGAUCGUGAUCGUCUUCACGACCGGAGAUGCGGUCGUUUUGGGCGGCGCGGGCGGGGAAGGCGAUGGAGGAGGCGGAGGUGGAGGAGGAGGAG